AUGAAGCGCUAUUGUAUGCCUAGACGAGCUAGACUCUCUCUGUUAGUAAUUUCUGUGUUUGUGAUCUGUAUAUUUGUGCGAUUGCGAAAUUUUACUCGCAAUGAAAACACAUGGAGUUCUCCCCUUAAUUGUGAUUUAAAUAAUGGCUCCUGCCUAUCGAACGUCACGAAUCAGGAUCCCAUCUUAAGCGAACUCACUGAUGCCUUACAUCACUCAUGGAAAGCUUAUGCUGACUACGCUUGGGGUAUGGAUGAGGUGCUGGUUUUGUCUAAGAUGGGUACGCGUUGGAUGAAUGGAGGUCUUACUAUGAUCGAUUCACUCGACACCCUUUGGAUGUACAACAUGACGGAAGAAUUUGUCCAGGCUCGUGAUUGGAUCGCCUUCACAAUUAAUUUCGAUUACAAUAAUGACAGAACAAACGUUUUCGAAUCAACAAUACGCUUAUUAGGUGGACUGCUCAGUGCAUAUCACGUGUCUAAGGACUCUGUAUUUCUGAAAAAGGCGGAUUUGAUUGGGCACAAGCUUCUGGCUGCAUUUAAUUCUCCCUCAGGCCUGCCGUUUACCGACAUUAACCUGCAAACACUCAGGACGUCGCUUGCUGGUACAAGUAAAACCGUUUCUCUUUCUGAGGUGGCAACGCUUCAGUUGGAAUUUAAUGAACUUGCUAUGCUCUUGCAAGACAAAAGCAUUGCAAAACCGGCUGCAAAUGUUUACAGUGUUCUGAAUGGCGUGAAGAAGCUUUCUGGUCUUAUUGCGAUUUUCGUAAACAUGGAUCAACCCGAAAGAUCAUCUUCAGAUACAAUCACAUUGGGGGCGCGAGGUGACAGUUACUAUGAGUAUCUUUUAAAAGUUUGGGUACAAACGGGUAAGAAAUCAGACUGGCUUCGGAAUCAAUAUCUUGAUGCUGUGCGUGGCGUCACAGAUAUGCUUCUGCGCAAAAGCGUGCCAAAUGGACUUACCUUUGUUGGUGAAUUGAAGUCGCAGAAGUUUUCUCCAAAAAUGGACCAUCUCGUGUGCUUUCUUCCGGGCACGUUGGCUUACGGCCAUCUACAUGGAAUGCCAGUAGAACAUCUUCAGCUAGCUGAAGAUCUGAUGGAAACCUGCUAUCGCCUCUACAACAAUACGUCAACCGGUUUGAGUGCAGAAAUCGUCUACUUUAACCUUGCGAACCCCGAAAGACCGGACUUCUACAUUAGACAAUCGGACGCAUUCAAUCUACUCCGUCCGGAAACGGUGGAGUCCCUUUUCUACCUUUACCGAAUUACAAAAAGGCAGCGGUAUCAACUUUGGGGACGAGAAAUAUUCCGAGCUUUCAAUACGCACAGCCGCGUGUCGCCGGCUGGUUUCGCGCCAAUCGUUGAUGUCCGCUCCGCCAGGCCCAUCCACAGGGACAAGAUGGAUUCCUUCUGGAUCGCGGAGACUCUCAAGUACUUUCUUCUCUUAUUCGAUGAUGGGCUUGCCGCAAGGUUUGAUCUGAGAGAGUGGGUUUUCAACAGUGAGGGCCAUCCGUUUCCUCUUCCAAAUGCAACCGCAGUCAGUCUGAUUCAGGAUUUGUACAAUUUUGGUCCCUGA